CUCCUCUUUCCGCCAUAUUGACGAACCGGCAUUAUGGUGCGCAUGAACGUUCUUGCUGAUGCCCUUACAAGCAUCAACAAUGCAGAGAAACGUGGAAAACGCCAGGUUCUCAUCCGGCCAUGCUCCAAAGUGAUUGUGAGGUUCCUGACUGUAAUGAUGAAGCAUGGCUACAUUGGAGAGUUUGAGAUUAUCGAUGAUCACAGGGGUGGAAAAAUUGUUGUUAACCUCACAGGGAGACUGAACAAGUGUGGUGUCAUUAGCCCCAGAUUUGAUGUUCAAGUAAAAGAACUAGAAAGGUGGCAGAAUGGUCUUCUGCCUUCCCGUCAGUUUGGGUACCUCGUUCUCACAACCUCAGCUGGCAUCAUGGACCAUGAAGAGGCCAAACGAAAACACACAGGAGGAAAAAUCUUAGGAUUCUUUUUCUAAAAUGUGAAACCAGUCUGCAAUAAAAUAUCCAAACAA